AUGUUGUCUUCAUUCAUACUUGCCGUGGCUGGUGCCACGAUCUUUGCCACACAGUCGUUCGCUUAUGUUAUCCCGAGUGGCACGUCGAACACAAAGGGCGUCCUGACUCCUGAUCGGGUCCGCCGCGAUAUCACGCCCAGACAGUCCGCAAGUGCCACUGCAUCCACCACUGCUGGUUCGGGGGGGUCAGGCCUGGAGAUCAAGAUCACCAAUAGCGCAUCGGACAAGAUGUACGCCUACAUCAUGGGCGAGGACUACACCAACGGGAAGAAGGUCUUCUACCAGAACGGCGCCGCCGGUUGGUACUACCCGACCUAUUCCGGCGCGUCCAACGGGACAGCCAGCAAGAACGGCGCAGUCGACACCAGCUUCAACAACCUCGCCGUCGAGGUCGGCGGCAACAGUGACACGACGGUCACACUGACCGAGUACCUCAACUCGGGCCGGGUGUACAUCGGCGCCGCGGAGAUGACGUUUAUGCAGGACCCGUCGGGGAACCUGGUCGAGCCGUCGCCCGUGGACACGUCGGACGCCAACUACGGGUUCGCGUGGGGCAUCGUCGAGCUGGCGUGGUCAGACAUCGAGCUCGCGGCUGACCUCUCGUACGUCGACUCGGUCGGGCUGGCGCUGGGGAUGAGGGUCACGACAGCCGACGGCGAGGAGCUCUGCGACGCCGGGCUGCCGGCCGGGUCCCUGGAGAAAGUCUGCGACUCGGAUCGUGCACGAGGUGGUGGCGCCCGGUGA